GCUGCACAGCGGCAUGGUGAAGCGCAAGAGCUCCGAGGAUGCAGAGCGAGAGUGCGGCCGGGGCAUCCCUCUCCCCAUCCAAACCUUCCUGUGGAGGCAGACCAGUGCCUUUCUAAGACCAAAGCUGGGAAAACAGUAUGAAGCUUCCUGUGUGUCCUUUGAACGUGUUUUGGUGGAGAGCAAGUUGCAUGGCCUCUCGCCUGCUCUCUCUGAGGCCAUCCAGAGCAUAACACGUUGGGAACUAAUACAGGCUGCCUUGCCUCAUGUACUCCACUGUACAGCUACACUACUGUCAAAUCGGAAUAAACUUGGCCAUCAAGAUAAACUUGGUGUUGCAGAGACAAAGCUUCUUCAUACACUGCAUUGGAUGCUCCUGGAUGCUCCUUUCGAAUGCAGUAAUGAGACUGCAACCACCUUUGGUACUUCAAGAGGAGGGGGGUCCAGUUGGUCUGGAAGCAGCAGUGCUUUUGUUCACCAAGUUGAGAAUCGUGGAUCUCCAGGCCAGCCUGGGCAAGGCAGUGCCACUGAGGAGGAGGAGCAUACAAGACCUAAGCUAUUCACAAAUUCAAUGGCCACUGUAGAGUUGUUUGUCUUCUUGUUUGCACCACUUGUCAAUAGAAUUAAGGAAUCAGAUCUUACCUUUCGCUUGGCGAGUGGUCUUGUGAUUUGGCAGCCAAUGUGGGAGCACAGGCAUCCUGAAGCACCAGCAUUUACAGCUCUUGUAAAACCUAUCAGAAAUAUUGUUACAGCUAAAAGAACUUCACCCUUAAACAACAGAGAAACACCUUGUGACUCUGAUAAAGCUGAAACAACAGGUUUUCAAGUGGUUUGUGAGACUGUUCAGCUCGACUCUGUAUCUCCAGAGACCAGAAAACAGAGCUGUCAUCAAAGAAAUUCAUUUGAAGCACCUGGAGCCUCCCAGGACAAAGAAACUUCAAACUCCAGAACUUCAAUAACCAUACCACCGAGUCAGAAAUCUCGAUAUGCCACCUAUUUCGAUGUUGCUGUAUUGCGCUGUCUGCUGCAGCCCCAUUGGUCAGAAGAAGGUAUCCACUGGUCACUGAUGUAUUACUUACAAAGACUUCGACAGAUUCUAGAGGAGAAGCCAGAUAGACCUUCUGAGCCUGAAAUAACUCACUUACCUAGACCACGCAGUAGUUCCAUGGUAGCGGCAGCUCCUUCGCUGGUUAACACCCAUAAGACACAGGAUCUUACUUUGAAGUGCAAUGAAGAGGAAAAGUCCCUCAGUUCUGAAACAUUUUCUAAGGUGUCUGUGACAAAUCUGAGACGACAAGCUGUUCCAGACCUUUCUACCGACCUAGGAAUGAAUAUCUUCAAAAAGUUCAAGACUCGGAAAGAGGAGCGUGAACGCAAAGGCUCGAUCCCAUUCCAUCACCCAGGUAAAAAGAGGCAGCGACGAAUGGGAAUGCCAUUCCUCCUUCAUGAGGAUCAUUUAGAUGUGUCACCGACUCGAAGCACAUUUUCAUUUGGAAGCUUUUCUGGAACUGGAGAAGAAAGGCGUGGUUUGGAGAGAGGCGGGUGGCAAGCUACAAUACUGGGAAAAUUCACACGACGCGGGAGUUCAGAUACUGCAACAGAAAUGGAAGGCAUGAGUGCUAGGCAUUCCCAUUCCCAUCAUACCUUGCUAAGUGAUAUACCUGAUCACUCUAAUAGUCAUGGAGAUAACACAGUUAAAGAAGUGAGAUCACAGAUUUCCACAAUCACUGUAGCCACUUUCAACACCACAGUAGCUUCCUUCAAUGUGGGAUAUUCUGAUUUCUUCAGUGAACACAUGCGAAAGUUGUGUAACCAAGUGGCUAUACCUGAACUGCCCCAUGAGCCGCUAGCAUGUGCCAACCUGCCUCGAAGUCUGACUGAUUCCUGUAUCAACUACAGCAGCCUUGAGGAAACUGAAAACAUGGAAGGAACUAACAAUUUUGUCAAGAAAAAUGGAAUGCUUGAUCUUGGGGUCAUUCUAAAAGCGUUGUUUGUGGUACUUAACCAUGAUAUCAGUUCUCGUAUAUGUGAUGUGGGGCUAAACGUCAUUGACUGCCUACUGCAGCUGGAAGUGGUUCCUUCAGCGGAUAAAAAAUACAAAAUUGAAGAAAAUAAGGAGAAUAAUACAGAUGAGAAACGGCAGAAAGAAGCAACCAGUCAGCGAGCAGCACCAACAGGAUCAUCUGGUACUUUUGGAGCACCACCAGAGGAUGGAAAUGGAAAUGCAAGUGGAGGCGGAGAUGGUGGCGGAGGAGGUGGAGGUGGUGGUGGAGAUGACGGAGAUAAAAAGAGCAAAAAUCAGGAGGUGGAUGAAGAUACCGCAGGCAACAUUCAUAAACUUACUUUAACAAUGCUGAUCAAAAUAGUGAAGUCACUGGGAUGCGCCUAUGGUUGUGGUGAGGGCCACCGUGGCCUGUCAGGAGAUCGCCUCCGCCUUCAAGCACAGAACUGUCUUACUAGAUUGUACAAACUUAGCAAAGUACAUUUUCGCCAAACUCUGCGGGAGUAUGUGAACAAGGAUUCCCUGAACAAUGUAGUGGAUUUCUUACAUGCUUUGCUAGGGUUUUGCAUGGAACCAGUUACUGACAACAAGGCUGGAUUUGGAAAUAAUUUUACCACUGGGGAUAGUAAAUCAGCUGCACGAAGUAUGGAGGCAAUAAUCGUGAGCUGCAUGUUCAAACCUCUGAUCACACGAUGUGCAUCCACUACACAUGAAUUACACAGUGCUGAAAAUCUGGGACUUUAUUGUGACAUUCGUCAACUUGUUCAAUUCAUCAAAGAGGCUCAUGGCAAUGUUUUUAGAAGGGUGGCACUAAGCGCUCUCCUUGAUAGUGCAGACAAGGUAACACCUGGCAAAAAACCCGAGGAAACUGAAGAAAAGAAAGUGUCAGUCAGCAAAAGAGUUGAAGGAGGAUUAAGCACUGAUAAAGCUCAGGUCUCAGCAGCGCCAGAUGAAUGCCGAAGUAUGGUCUCCAGUCGUCCUCCUCAGACUCCGGAACACGAAGAACAAAUUCCAGGAGCUCUUUUGGGUCGAAAAGACUUUUGGCGCAAAAUGUUUAAAUCUCAAAGUGCUGCAAGCGACACGAGCAGCCAAUCUGAGCAGGAUACCUCUGAAUGCACAACUGCUCAUUCUGGAACCACCACAGACAGACGCUCACGGUCACGGUCUAGAAGAAUUUCUCUCAGGAAAAAACUGAAACUUCCAAUAGGAAACUGGUUGAAACGUUCUUCGCUGUCAGGGUUAACUGAUGGUGUUGAAGACCUCCUGGACAUAAGCUCUGUAGACAGACUUUCAUUUAUACGGCAGAGUUCAAAGGUUAAGUUUAACAGUGCAGUUAAGCUCUCAGAAGCUGAGGGCCUGGAGGAUGGGCGAGAUGAAGAGGAGAACUUCUUCAAGCGUCUUGGCUGUCGUAGCUUUGAAGAACACCUUGCAGCCAGUCAAGAAGGAAGUAAAAACAAAAAUAUUGUGAAUCUUGGAGCGAUCAGACAGGGCAUGAAACGGUUCCAGUUCCUUUUAAAUUGCUGUGAACCUGGUACAAUUCCUGAUGCUUCGAUCCUAGCUGCAGCUCUUGACCUGGAAGCACCAGUGGUAGCAAGGGCAGCACUAUUCCUGGAGUGUGCCCGGUUUGUACAUCGUUGCAAUCGAGGAAACUGGCCAGAAUGGAUGAAAGGACACCAUGUAAAUAUCGCUAAAAAAGGUUUAUCCCGAGGAAGAUCACCAGUGGUUGGAAAUAAGCGUAAUCAGAAAUUACAGUGGAAAGCAGCAAAACUCUUCUGUCAGUGGGGUGAGGCUAUUGGGAACAGGCUGAAUGAACUGUGUCACACAGAGAGUGAAAGCCCAGCAAACAUAUUGAGUUUCAUUUAUGAUGAUGAGACUAAACGAAGGUUGAGGAAAGAAGAUGAAGAAGAAGACUACCUUGAUGACAAUACCGUUAAUCCCACCAAAUGUGGUUGUCCAUUUGCAUUAAAGAUGGCAGCAUGCCAACUUCUUCUAGAGAUAACAACAUUCCUUCGGGAAACCUUUCCCUGUUUGCCUCGACCACGUACAGAGCCUCUUGUUGAUUUGGAAAGCUGCCGACUCCAUCUGGAUCCUGAAUUAGAUCGACAUAGAUAUGAACGGAAAAUCAGUUUUGCUGGAAUUAUUGACGAUGAACAAGAUUCAAAGGAUUCACCUCACAGCAGCAGUCAUACCCUCAAGUCAGAUACAGCCUGUGAAGAGAAAAAAGGGCCGAGCAGAAAAGGAAGACCAGGAGGCUCACGCCUACUUCAGAUAAAGGGGGCACGAAGCUUUCGAAUAAAGAAGGGUGGUUCUUUGUCAAGCAUACGCCGAGCUGGAAGCUUGAAGAGCACAAAGCUUUCACGGCAGGACUCUGAGUCAGAAAAUGAAGAAGUUCUAUUAUCUCAAAGCCAUGACACAGUUACUGACAUUGGUAGCAGCCCCUGGAGUACAAGUGAACCUAGUAUUGAGCCAGAAGGUUUGAGCACAGUAGGAACAGAAGAAAAUUACCAUAGAAACAUGACAUGGUUGCCAGUUAUGAUCUUGCUGUGCAGCCAACAAAGCUUCAUCUGCUGCCAUAUUGAUUACUGCCACCCUCGCUGUUAUCAGCAUCACAGCCGCUCUUGCGCUCGGCUUGUGCGGGCAAUCAAGCUCCUAUAUGGAGACACUGUGGAUUCAGUCCGAGAUGAUGACACUACCAGCAAAGUGGGCUUGAGGGCCAAGAAAUCAAAAGAGUGCUCUGAGAAGUCAUGCUUACGUACACCUUCUUUAAAAAAAAGAAUACCUGUUACAAGUUUGGAAGGAAAAAAGGAUUCUGGAAUGUUGAAAUAUAUUAGGACUCAGGUGAUGAGCCUGUCUCCUGCCCCGCUGUCUUUGUUGAUCAAAGCAGCUCCUAUACUGACUGAAGACAUGUACGGUGACAUACAACCUGCAGCUUGGGAACUUCUCCUCAGUGUGGAUGAACACAUGGCUGCAGCAGCUGCUGCCAUGUUUCUACUGUGCGCAGUUAAAAUACCUGAUGCUGUGUCAGAUAUGGUGAUGUCCGAAUUUCACCAUCCAGAAGCAGUACAGCGCAUUAAUGCCAUUGUGAAAUUUAAUACACUCUGGAGAUUCAGAUACCAGGUUUGGCCACGUAUGGAAGAAGGUGCUCAGCAGAUCUUUAAGAUUCCACCACCAAGUAUAAACUUCACCCUACCUUCUCCAAUUUUGGGUAUGCCAUCUGUACCAAUGUUUGAUCCACCUUGGGUUCCCCAAAGCACUGGUCGUGUACAGGAUCCAAUCAGUGAAGAUCAGUCUAAAUCAUUUUCCGCUCGCGCAGUUUCCCGGUCCCACCAACGAGCUGAGCAUAUUUUGAAGAACUUGCAGCAGGAAGAGGAGAAGAAGCGACUCGGUCGUGAGGCCAGCCUGAUCACAGCCAUUCCUGUCACACAAGAGGCCUGUUAUGAACCAACCAACACUCCUCCACCUGAACUGGAGGAAGAAGUUGAAGAUGCCGCCAACUUAGCAUCCCGCCGACUGUCUGUCAGUCCUUCCUGCACAUCCAGUACAUCCCAUAGAAAUUACUCAUUCCGUCGAGGCUCGGUAUGGUCAGUGCGGUCAGCAGUAAGUGCUGAAGAUGAGGAAGAUGCCACAGAGAAUACACCAACACAUCAUGUAAUACAGCCUCCCCAGGCUGUAUUUCCUGCAUGCAUCUGUGCUGCUGUGCUGCCAAUUGUUCAUCUCAUGGAGGAUGGAGAGGUACGAGAAGAUGGAGUGGCAGUGAGUGCUGUAGCACAACAGGUACUGUGGAAUUGUUUGAUUGAAGACCCUGCACUCGUCCUGCGCCAUUUUCUGGAGAAACUCACUAUUAGCAAUCGUCAGGAUGAACUGAUUUACAUGCUGCGAAAACUUCUGCUAAAUAUUGGAGACAUGCCAGCUCAGACCUCCCACAUUCUCUUCAACUACCUGGUUGGUCUGAUCAUGUACUUUGUCCGCACCCCUUGUGAAUGGGGCAUGGAUGCAAUCUCAGCCACUGUCACCUUUCUAUGGGAGGUUGUUGGUUAUGUUGAAGGGCUUUUCUUCAAAGACCUAAAACAGACAAUGAAAAAGGAACAGUGUGAAGUCAAACUGCUGGUUACAGCCUCUAUGCCAGGUACAAAGACUUUAGUUGUCCAUGGACAAAAUGAAUGUGAUAUUCCAACGCAACUUCCUGUCCAUGAGGAUACACAGUUUGAAGCUGUUCUUAAGGAAUGCUUGGAAUUUUUUAAUAUUCCUGAAGCUCAGUCAAACCAUUACUUUUUGAUGGAUAAGCGUUGGAAUCUGAUACAUUAUGCGAAAACUUAUGUACGAGAUAUUUAUCCAUUUCGGCGAUCUGUCUCACCACAGUUGAACCUUGUCCAUAUGCUUCCUGCAAAAGGGCAAGAGCUGAUCCAGAAACAGGUGUUUACUCGGAAGCUGGAGGAGCUCGGUCGGGUGAUGUUUCUGAUGUCUCUUACUCAGCACAUGCCUUCCGUACACAAACAAUCACAUGUAUCCUUGUUGCAAGAGGAUCUUCUGAGACUUCCAUCAUUUCCUCGAAAUGCAGUUGAUGCAGAAUUUUCACUGUUCGCUGACCAUCAAGGCAAAGAAUUAUUUGGUCUUGAUACCCUUCACAAGAGUAUGUGGAUCAAACUCUUGGAGGAGAUGUUUUUGGGUAUGCCCAGUGAAUUUCCCUGGGGAGAUGAGAUAAUGCUCUUCCUGAAUGUGUUUAAUGGGGCUUUAAUCCUUCAUCCUGAAGACAGUGCAUUGCUUCGUCAAUAUGCAGCUACAGCUAUCAAUACUGCAGUGCACUUCAAUCAUCUCUUUUCACUGAGUGGCUAUCAGUGGAUCCUUCCUUCCAUGCUUCAGGUCUAUGCUGAUUAUGAAAGCAAUCCAUUGCUACGCCAAGCAAUUGAGUUUUCUUGCCGACAGUUUUAUGUUUUGCAUCGAAAGCCUUUUAUUCUUCAAUUAUUUGCAAGUGCAGCACCACUACUGGAGUUCUCAGAUGUUACGACAAGUGGAUCAGCUAAAGGUGUGUCUUCUCAAUGUCUGUUUGACCUUUUGGUGUCUUUGGAGGGUGAUACACAAGAUGCGUUGGACGUGCUGGAAUUAGUGAAAGCUGAGAAACCUCUCAAAUCUCUCGAUUUCUGCUAUGGAAAUGAAGAUCUUGCCUUCUCUAUUAGUGAAGCUAUUAAACUUUGUGUUACUGUAGUUGCAUAUGCACCGGAAUCACUUAGAAGUCUUCAAAUGCUGAUGGUGCUAGAGGCACUGGUUCCCUGCUACUUGCAGAAACUAAAGAAGCAAACCAUUCAAUUGGAAUCAUCCUCCGCAGCAAGGGAUGAAAUCACUGCUAUUGCUUCACUCGCCACAUCGUUACAAGCCCUAUUAUAUAGUGUUGAAUCUCUCACCAGACCAAUGACAGCUCCUCAAAUGAGCAGGUCCGACCAAGGUCAUAGAGGAGCUCCAACAGCCAAUCAUGCCAUGUCUGGAGGAGCCAAUACAAGGACAUUGUUACUUUUCUGCAGAGAUAACCUUCAUUUGUUAGAAGAGGGCCAGAGUCUGCCAACUGAGGAAUUGGAUGAGCGUAUAGCGAGAGAGGAAUUCCGCAGGCCUCGGGAGUCUGUCCUAAACAUUUGCACUGAAUUCUUCAAGCACUGUGGCCCCAGGUUGAAAAUUCUUCAGAAUAUGGCCGGAGAACCAAGGGUUACCUCUCUUGAAUUACUUGAUGUGAAGUCACAUAUGAGGUUGGCUGAAAUUGCACAUUCCCUUCUAAAACUUGCACCAUACGACACUCAAACAAUGGAGAGUCAUGGACUUCGGAGAUACAUCAUGGAAAUGCUUCCAAUCACUGACUGGACUGCAGAAGCUGUGCGACCAGCUCUUAUCCUAAUCUUAAAGAGAUUAGAUCGGAUGUUCAAUAAGAUUCACAAGAUGCCAACCUUAAGGCGCCAGGUGGAGUGGGAAGCUGCGAGCAGUUUAAUUGAAGGCAUUUGUGUCACCCUGCAAAGGCAGCCAAUCAUUUCAUUCCUGCCACAUCUCAGGUCAUUGAUUAAUGUUUGUGUCAAUUUGGUAAUGGGUGUGGUUGGACCUUCCAGUGUUGCCGAUGGUCUGCCUCUUCUACACUUAAGCCCAUAUCUUUCUCCGCCUCUACCUUUCAGCACAGCUGUCGUUCGGCUCGUCGCGUUACAGAUUCAGGCUUUGAAAGAAGACUUCCCAUUGAGUCAUGUGAUUUCCCCAUUUACGAAUCAAGAAAGAAGGGAAGGCAUGCUCCUGAAUCUUCUGAUACCGUUUGUGCUAACAGUUGGAACGGGAAGCAAAGAUAGUCCAAAUUUGGAGCAGCCUGAGGUUUUUCUGCUGUUACAAACAGUAAUCAAUAUUCUCCUUCCGCCACGAAUCAUCAGCACUUCCCGCAGCAAGAACUUCAUGUUGGAAAAUUCUCCAGCCCACUGCUCCACCCCUGGGGAUGCUGGGAAGGAUCUUCGCAGGGAAGGCUUGGCAGAAUCCACAAGUCAGGCAGCUUACUUAGCUUUAAAGGUGAUCCUUGUCUGCUUUGAGCGGCAUUUGGGUAGUCAAUGGUACAAACUUAGUUUGCAAGUUAAAGAAAUGGCAUUGCGGAAGGUUGGUGGUCUAGCGAUGUGGGAUUUCAUCGACUUUAUAGUGAGAACCAGAAUCCCUAUCUUCAUUCUUCUGCGACCUUUCAUCCAAUGUAAGCUGUUAAGUCAACCAGCAGAAAAUCAUGAAGAAAUGACUGCAAGGCAUCACAUUGUGGACCAGCUCGAGCGUCGGUUCAUUCCAAGACCACUCUGCAAGAGUUCUCUAGUUGCUGAGUUUCACAGUGAAUUAAAAAUCCUGAAGGAAGCAGUGCACAGUGGAUCAGCAUACCAAGGCAAACCUUCCAUCAGCACUGUGGGAACCUCCACAUCAGCUUACCGCUUGAGUCUGGCCACCAUGUCUCGUUCAAACACGGGGACAGGCACUGUGUGGGAGCAGGACAGCCAACCUUCUCAUCAGGCCUCUCAGGACACACUAAGCAGGACUGAUGAGGAGGAUGGUGAAAAUGACACCGUUAGCAUGCCUAGCGUUGUUAGUGAACAGGAAGCAUAUUUGGCCAGCAGCAGUAGGGGGCAUCGUCGAUUUUCAAGCCAUGUCUCUAGCAUGUCUGCUCCUCAGUCAGACUCGGGCCUCAGAAUUUUGCCCAGCAACAGUGAACCUAAUGUCCUCGAUGAAUCCCAGGGGCUGGCUGCUGAGAUUAACCUUUCUAGGGUAGCAAGUGUUCAAAGUGAACCUGGGCAGCAGAAUCUGCUUAUACAACAACCAUUGGGAAGAAAGAGAGGUCUCCGGCAGCCACGCCGCCCUCUCCUCUCGCGUCCAAAGUUACAAGCUGAAGCAAGGGGACGGCAGGGCGCCCGACUGUCUACAACCAGACGCAGCGUUCAGCCAAAAGCCAAAUCUCUAGAGCAAAAGCGGUCAGUGACCUUCACUGAAAUGCAGCAGGAUACCCUCGCUCCUCAGCAACAAGCAACAAUUGCCGAGGGGAAGGAAAGUGCUAUGGAGCAGGCAGAGAGCAGCAAACCAGAAGCAGCUGGGACAUCAAUGCCUGCUACUUCACCAGUUUCAGCAGCAACGCCUAGAUCCCCUCUAAUUCAGGAUCCGAGCAAUCUAGACCACUGCCAGAUGAAGCCAACAUUUUCAGAGUCUGAAAGCAAAGACUCAAAGACAGAUAAAAUGCUGACAGCACAAACCGAAUCUGCAUAUCAGCCCCCUAUCUCUGCCAGCGAUGACCUUACGGGGCUUGAAUCAAGCAGCUUACUUCAACAUACAGACACCGUCCUGCAUAUCAGUGAAGAGAAUGCUCCAGAAAAUCCUCUUCUUUCUGAUCCAUUCAGUUUGUUGAAUAUGGAAGCUGGUAAGACUGACAUAAAUCUGGAUGAAUCCUACACCUGAAGCAGUUCUUUUCUUGAACUGGCCCCAUAUCCUUGAU